AUGGCCUUACCUCCAGCCCUUCUCGCUCGACUACAGAAAAGAGGAAUCGUUGGGAGAGAUCCCAACGAGGAAGUCUUUGCGGAAGACUAUGGAAGUGAUGUGAAAGAGAAGAAGGUGGAUGACAGAGAAUUCGCGAUCGGAUGCCCUAAUAAAAACAAUCCAUACCAUGUUUGUGUCGAGUUCUGCUACGAUCACUGGGGCGAUGGACAACCGGAAUCGCGGCUCAACGAAGAAUACCUUUACCGCAAAAAUCGUAUGCUGACCAGAUACCCGAUACCCGAGCCCUGGGUUGAAGUCUACGAUCCGGGCAUGAAGAGGCAUUACUAUUGGAACCCGGAGAGCGAUGAGGUAUGUUGGCUUUCGCCACGCCAUCCGAAUGCGGUGAUCGGAGAGGCUGCUCCGAAACUCGCACGUGAACGAGCUCAUGGGGGCGGUGCUGACGAUUCGAGGCCUCCAAUGCCGCCACAGGCACCACUUUUUGAUCAACGCGAGGCUUACAGGCAGUCGGAAGAAGCAAGACAGCGAGACCGCUAUUCGGACCGGAAUCGCGACCGUGAAAGGGACGACCGUCGAGACCGUGGCCGUGAUCGUGAUCGCCAUGGCCGUGACCGUGAGAGGGAUCGACGGCCGCCUCGAAGGAGCCCUGGCCAAAGUGAUAGCGACGAAGGCAAAGAAGAAGAAGAACCCUCGGAUCGCGACAGGCUGCGGCGCGCCACCCGCAAGGGCAUCGACCCGAUGGACCCAGCAGCGUACAGUGACAUUUCCGUUGGAAGAUGGUCAUCUGGACUCGUUGAAGACACGAAAACUGGCGUUGAUACGACUGCUGGCGGCCCUCUCUUCCAACAACGUCCCUACCCGGCCCCCGGCGCGAUUUUGGCUCGAUCUGGAAAGAAGAGACCCGGAGAUGAUGAUGAU